AUGGAGAAUUUUUCAAGAGUUGAAAAAAUAGGAGAAGGAACCUAUGGCGUAGUAUACAAAGCUAAAGACAGGAUAACUGGAAAUGAAAUCGCUCUAAAAAAAAUAAAACUUGAAAAUGAACCAGAAGGCGUACCUUCAACUGCACUGCGUGAGAUCUCAGUCCUGCGGGAAUUGCAGCACCCUGCUGUGGUGCAACUACUAGACGUUCUACUUGCUGACAGCAAACUGUUCCUGGUAUUUGAGUAUCUGCACAUGGACCUGAAACGCCUUAUGGAUAUUACAAAAGGGCCUCUGCGCCUAGAUCUUGUGAAGAGUUACCUACGGCAACUGCUGGAGGGCGUCGCGUACUGCCACGCUCAUCGCGUUCUGCAUCGAGACUUGAAGCCGCAGAACCUGCUGGUGGACACGGAGGGCAACAUCAAGCUGGCCGACUUCGGAUUGGCGCGCGCCUUCGGCAUCCCGGUGCGGGCGUACACGCACGAGGUGGUGACUCUGUGGUACCGCGCGCCCGAGAUUCUACUCGGCGCCAAGUUUUACUCGACCGCCGUGGACGUGUGGAGUCUCGCGUGUAUCUACGCCGAGAUGGCGAGCGGGCGCACGCUAUUCCCGGGCGACAGCGAGAUCGACCAGCUGUUCCGCGUGUUCCGCGCGCUGGGCACGCCUGGCGCGGGCGUGUGGGCGGGCGCGCGGCGCCUGCCCGAGUACCGCGCCGCCUUCCCGCGCUGGCCGGCGCGCGCCGCCCGCUCGCUGCUGCCGCCGCGCGUGCGCGCCGAGCCGCACGCCGCGGCGCUGUUCGAGGCCAUGCUGCGCUACGAGCCCAGCGAGCGCGCCGCCGCCCGCGCCGCGCUGCACCACCCCUACCUGGCCGACGCGCGCCGCACGCCGCCCGACCUGCCCGCGCCCGCCACCCCCGCCACCCCCGUAACCCCCGACACUCCUUAG